AUGGAAGAGUGGAAAAAUCAGCUUCCUAAGAACCAACCUCCACCCUACAACAGGGAGGGAAAUAACCAGGAUUCCCAGAAGCCCCAGGAAUCGCCACAAGGCUCUGAAAAGAGACAGUCAGGAGACAAUGUCCAGCAGUUUCCAGGCGUGGCUGAAGGGGGCUACCCUAACAGAAUCAAGAGGCCCUGCCUUCAAGACCUCACCCUCUCUGUGGGCUUGGUUGCCCAUCCCAGCACAUCCAGUGCCAACAUGGAGGCACCUCCAAUGAUGAUCAACCCAGGUGCACCGGCUGCGGCUGCGGCUGGCCAUGCAUUCCUCUUCGAAAGCAAUCCCAUGACCAGCGUCCCAAUGGAAUCACCAUUUGUGGUGCCUCAGGCAGCAGCAGUGGAUCUCAGAAAUCCUACUGUCUCUUACUACGACAGAGCCAACAGUAUGCCAAGCACAGUGCCAGUUGUAGAUGAGGAAAUUCAUGAUCUUCUGGAGGAGCUAACAAAAAUCCACAGGUCCUCUAACAGUGAGCAUAAUCUUGAGAAGAUCCUGAGGAACAAGCCAGAAGACCCGCCGGCCCUCAAUCAGCUUCCGGAGGACCUGAGCCUAUCGGCCAGGCCUUCAGCACACGUGCCGCACGGGGCAAACCCGAGUUCCAGCCAAGCGCCUGGCGUGUCACUCCCCGUGCCGCUCUCCUCCUCGGGGGUCAGCUACAACAUGGCUUCCACCAGUAACCAGAUGGCCUCGUCCGGCUCGUCAACAGCACAGGCCAGAAACCAAAGCCAAAUGAUGCUCGCUGCCGCUGUGCCACCACCCCAGGUGAACCAGUGGCACCAUGCCAACCAGCUGAAGGCCCUGGCAGCCAACAAGCGGGGCUCUACUACAAAGCAGCAAGGGCCUCCUCCAGCUUGGUCUGGGCUCCCUGCACCAGGAGUCUCUCCUCCUUUCCAUCCAGUGCCAUCUCCAUACCCACUGCCAAUGUUCAACACGCAGAGCCUGUCCGGCAUGUCGUCCAGCAACCUGCCAGCCACCAGCCUCCAGGGUACUCCCAAUGCUGUCCUCCCAGGCAUGGUCACCAGCAACAGCACUGCCCUGGUGCCCUAUGUUUCUGAGAGGCUCCCCAGCCCGGCUCUCAACCAGCAGUCUCCAUUCAGUCCUCAGAGCUCCAUUCUUGCCAACCUGGUGUCCUCAAACAUCAGAAAUCCCCCAAGGCACCGGAUGGCCAACAUGCCCACCAGCAACCCCAGGCACUCCUACCCGUAUCGCCCGCCGAGGCCCAGCUCAGGCUUGCCACAGCAGUCCUUCGCUCCACAGGGCUCAAUGCUCCGAAGCCUCCCCCCCACAGGAGUCCCCCUCGGCCCGCAGCAGCCCCUACAACAGCAGCAGCAGUCACAUGUGGUCUUUAAUAAGCCCCCAGCCAACAAUUCGUCCAGAAGCCUGAGGCUAGUCAUGCAGCAGGGGAUGGCAAGCUCCAGCUCAGGGAUGCCAGACCCGUUUACUUUUGGCAACACCAGGCCUUUGUCCCAUUUUGCUUCUGGGCCACGGCCCCAGAGGAUGCCCUCUGUGCCGACCACCCCCAGGCCGCCUUCCCUGCUCCAGUACCUGCAGCAGCCGAUGCUGACACAGGCUUCUUCAGCCUCUGCCUCCAGCACCACCACUGCCACCUUGCAGUCUGACCACUCUACGGUCUUCAUGCAGCAGAUGAUGCAGCAAACCCAGGGCCCUGCGCCACCCCUGUCCACAGACCCCAGACAGAGCAUCUCAACACAAGGCCACCAGCUGUAUCAGAGGGAGCACGAGGGACUGAGUGCCAGCGACACAGAAGCGGCAGCCCAUCCCUCUCGCUCCAUUCUCUUCAGUAGUGCAGGUCACGACGUCUGGCCCACGUGGAGCACACGAGCGUGUGACUUCCAGCAGGCUUAA